AUGAACAACCAGCAAGUAGUUGAAGUAGUGUUGGAACUAUACCACCAAAUUUCAAGAUUGGAGAGCCUGAAACCCUCCAAAGAUGUGAACACGUUGUUCACAAAGCUAGUCACCACAUGCCUAGCAGAUCAUCAGGCACCCAUUGAUGUGUCCAAACUCUGCUCUGAUAUCCAAGAGAUGAGAUCCCAUCUAAUUAGGCUAUGUGGAGAAGCCGAAGCCCUUCUGGAGACCCAUUACUCCGCCCAUCUCGCCUGCCUUGAAAACCCACUCCAAAACCUUCACCUCUUCCCCUAUUUUGAAAACUACAUCAAACUCUCCCACUUAGAGUUCACCCUUCUGAGCCAAAACCUCACCAACAAAUCCCCAACCCGCCUCGCCUUCGUCGGCUCCGGCCCCAUGCCCCUAACCUCCAUCAUCCUCGCCAUGGAUCACUUCCCCCACGCCCACUUCCACAACUACGACAUUGACCCCAUUGCCAACGCCUUGGCCUCCCGCUUGGUGGGCUCCCAUCCUGGCCUCUCUCCCAGGAUGUUUUUCCACACCUCGGAUAUCAUGCACGUUACGUCUGCUCUCAAGGACUACGAGGUUGUUUUCCUGGCCGCGCUGGUGGGCAUGGAUGAUAAGGAGGAAAAGGGAUGCAUUAUUCGUCAUCUAAGUACGUAUAUGGCUCCCGGAGCGUUACUGGUGAUCAGAAGUGCGCAUGGGGCCCGCGCUUUCCUGUACCCUGUGGUGGAUCAUUCACAUCUUCGGGGAUUUCAGAUUCUCACGGUGCAUCAUCCGGUGGAUGAGGUUGUUAACUCCGUCAUUGUGGCCAGGAAGAAAAUUAAAUAAAUAAACAACCAAUGCCUAGCUUCAAUCCACUUAAUUAACCAUCGUAGCUCAGUGUACUGUGCUGCAACAUUAUAUAUGCCUAGCUGCAUUCAACUCCCUAUCAUAUAUAUCCUAGCUAGCUCUUUAGUUCCCCUCAUCCAACAAUAAUAUAUGUCUCCCUUUUACCUUUCCCUUUAAUUUCGCUUUUCAAUUUGUAUGAAUAAAUCAUCUAUCUUUGAAUAUUUGCUCUGUUGGACUCUGAAACAAACGAAAGAAGGAA